AUGGCGGCCACGGCGCUGCUCCAGCAUUACGUUGAAUAUCUCACCAGUCCGGCUCUCAUAGUUACAUUGGCAGUAGUCGUCUUGCCUAUCAUCUACACUGUAGCCAAGGAACGGGCCUUAGCGUCAACCUCCAUCCUGUCACAGCGACUAUAUGGGCUCCGUCGUGCUGGACUAGUUGGCCGCUCGAACCUCAAAAGCCUCGACCAACAACUUGCCCAGGCCGAAGGAAGUGCUCCACGGAUCAAGGCAUUGUUCACAUACCCGGUCAAGUCAUGCCGCGGCGUCGAGCUCGCUGCUUCGGAGGUCGAGGGCACUGGGCUGAAGUACGACCGUUCAUUCACCUUUGCACAUUCUGUACCGACCCAGGAGUCUAGCGCAGACAAGGAAUUGAAUGAAGAUGAUGUAACGCCUGAGCCUGGCCACCAUUGGCGCUUUAUCACGCAGCGAGAGUUCCCGCGACUUGCUCUGAUAGAGACCGAGCUAUGGUUGCCAGACACUCGUCGGAAGUCUGCUGCCUCUAGAACGGAUGGUGGCGAUACUAAGAACCAGCUUGCGGGCCCGUCACGACCGCGAAGUCGAGCUAGGGGAGAUACCUUGGUUGGCGUACUCGAGCAAGGAUCCGACAAGGCGAAGCGCCAUGCCAAUGGCAGCGACUCGAGCACCAAAAGUGGAUGUCUCAUCUUACGCUUCCCAACACCUAGUCUUUUUGGCCUGAUGACGCAGCAAGCUGCUAUCGUCCUUCCACUGGAUCCGAGUCCGAAUCAUGCCAAGGCAAAAGGCUAUACUUCCGAGCAGCUGAGCAUCUGGAAAGAUAUCGCUCUCGCCACGAACGUCACGAACGAGCUAGACCCAAAAGCCCUGGGUCUGCUUCGAAAGUUCUUGGGAGUGACCAAACCGCUAGCACUCUUCCGUCUUGAUACGAGCCACAAGCGACCUGUAAGUAGGUGUCUGCCGAAAGACCCGCAUGGCGAGUGUUUCGAAGUUGGCUUUGCCGAUGCAUUCCCAGUCAAUCUGCUGGGGAUGGCAAGUGUGAAGGCGACCGAUGACCAAUUACCAAAAGAGGCCGAUGUCAAAGGACGGCUAGAUGCCCGAAGAUUUCGAGCAAACAUAUACGUAACAGGCAUCAGCGCUUUUGAAGAGGAUGUCUGGAAAGCUAUUUCUGUCGGCAGCCGGAUCGGAAGAGAUGAAGAGGGACUAUUCGAGUGUGAAGCCGAAUACCACGUCGCUUGCCGUACCGCACGCUGCAAGCUGCCAAACGUAGAUCCAGACACGGGCGUCAAAGACGGGAACGAACCAUAUACGACUUUGGGCAAGACCAGAAAGGUUGACGAAGGCGCCUACCCGCAUCCUUGUCUGGGUAUGCAGAUGAUACCACUUUUCGAGCGGGGCAUCUUACGGGUGGGAGAUAGUGUGGAGGUGCUGGAGACUGGCGAGCAUUCCUAUGAGAAGAUGUUCACUUGA